GAACGGGAAUUGGAAAAACGAAGAGAGAAAAAACCCUCCAUUGUUCACCAGAUUUUGGGGAAAACCCUUUCAUCGCAGUCCUUCAGUUUCAGCCGAGCAGAUAAAUCCUUUCUUCCAAUUAGUGAUGGAAUUAGUUGAGUAGCUGAGCACAAAACGACGUCGUAAACGUUCGCACAUGGAACAAAAUAAACCCUCGAUCGAUAGGCUUAGCAGCCUGCCGGAUUCAGUCCGCCGUCGCAUUCUCUCAUUUCUCCCGACCAAGUUCUCCGUAAGAACCAGCAUUCUAGCUAGAAGAUGGAGGUAUCUCUGGUCUUACGUCCCCAAUUUAAUUUUCGUCAAUUGGGAAAAUCAAGAAAUCAUCAACAGGGUUAUGUUGCUAAACAAAUCGCAGAGCAUCCACACUUUUGCCCUCUACCACAAUAUUGAGUGCAGCGCCUAUCAAUUGGAGACAUGGGUUACCUUUGCCAUCACGCGCCGUGUGAGAAGACUCGAUCUUUAUUUCCAAUCCCAAUUUGCUUCGCUGCCUCGAUGCCUCUUCACCUGCAAAACCCUAGUUUGUUUGAGGCUGGAAAAUUGCGGUCACAUCCCCACGAGUGGCGCCGUGUGUUUACCUCGUCUCGAAAAGCUUUAUCUAACUUAUGUUCUAUACGAGGCUGAUGAGUCCCUCCAGUACCUGAUAUCUGGAUGUCCUGUUCUCGAGGAAUUGGAAAUCGACUCGUGCGGUGCUAUCGCUCAUUGUAAAGUAUCUUCGCCUACAAUAAAAAGGCUCGUGAUCGAUUUAAGGUGGGGAGGAAACAGGCUGGAUAUAAAUACCCCGGCAGUUAGAUAUCUUGAAAUACAUUUUACUUUAUUGGAGCAUAUCAAAUCUGGGCCGCUCGACUCUUUAGUUGAAGCAGAAAUCCGGCUCCGCAAUGAUGAUAUGGAGCAGCACGAUUAUCUUUAUUCCCGAUCGGUGCUGGAAUUUAUUGGUAGGCUUUGCGGUGUCAGUAAGUGCCUAUUUUUAGAAUUAGCAUUUAGUACAAAGAUUGUCGAUUCGUUAGUCUCUUGUUGGACUUUGCGUUUUCGUAACUUGAUCGAACUCGAAUUGAAAGCAGACUAUUUCUGUGACGAAAUAAAAGGCUGGACGAAACCACCGCAACAAGUGCCCAAAUGCCUAUUAUCACAUCUCAGAAUUGUAAAGCUUUUCGACAUUGAAGAUGAAAAGCCCGUUUUAGAAAUUAUAAGAUAUCUUUUGAGGAAUUCUAAAGUCUUGAAUAGGAUGGAAAUAGCAUAUGGCGAACUUGUUGAUUAUGAGGAAAAGCUUGAUAUGGUCCAGAAGAUCUCACUUUUUCAACGAGGGUCCGCUGCAUGUGAAGUUGCCUUUGUUGCCUUUAGACUAUAA